UACGGUUUACGCCCUCUCACAGCUCCAAACACUCCGAAAACCCAGCCUCCAAAUUCCUCAUCCUUCAUAAGUAUUCCAAUGUCUGAAAGCAUCCGUGGCUUUCCUUUCAGGCGCAUCUUCUGGGGCGCUCCAGUCUUCCGAGACUUGUCCGGAUCAACGGCUCCCAUGGACUGGCUAGAAUCCCCAGCUGCCCACAUCUUCAAAUUCGAUGUACCAGGUUUGAACAAAGACGACAUAAAGGUGGAGAUAGAAGAUGGGAACGUGUUGCGCGUAUACAGGGUGGCAGGUGGGAGAGAGGAGUCCGUGGUGAAAGACACUGUUUGGCAUAUAGCAGAAAGAGGGGGCGGGAGAGGAGAAUUUUCUCGGGAAUUCGAAUUACCGGAAAAUGUGAAGGUUGAUCAGAUAAAGGCUCAGGUGGAAAAUGGUGUUCUCACCAUCGUUGUUCCAAAAGAUACGAGCCCCAAGGCCUCCAAAGUGAAGACCAUCAACAUCUCUAGCAAACUCUAAGCUUUGUAUCCAUGCUAUUAGUUUGCGAAUAAGUGGUCUUGUUACUUUUUGACUAUAUUCAAAUAAAAUUUACUAUUAGGGAAAUAUGGUCGAAAUUUUGAUUUCA